AUGAUUGCAAGUGCCGCGUCGAGAUGCCGAGCUCCAAUUCUGGCUCGGGUGGAAGAUCUAGAGCGUAGCCCGGAAUGGAUGGCCCUCACAUACGACAUCAAUAAUCUCCAGAGAAUGAAAUCACUGGGUGGAGCUUGCCCUCAGAAACUUGAGGACACAGCAACAGCAACAACAGCAUCCAGACAGAUGACAAGCCAUAGUUCAGCUUCGUCUCCUUCUCCCUCUUCUUCUUCUCCAGUUGAUCAUCAUCAUCAUCAUCAUCAUCAUUAUCACCAGGAUCAUUAUCGUGCGAACAAACGGUGGAGCCAAAGUUGGAAACCGCGAACAGAGUUCGAGCGAAAUUACUUUGGUGACAGCAGUGCCCCUGACAUUGACAAAGUGUGUGAAGAAAGUGACGACACACGUCACACCUCCCCACUCAGAAAAAACUCCGCAUUUUUGAAUACUAAUGCCAAAGACUCGGGAAGUUUCGAUGAUAAUAGAAGCCUUAGAGCGUCCCAUUGGCGCUCAGAGCAUCCAAAAGCCGGCGAUAUCUUAUUUAAUCCUGGAUCAGAGGAAUUUCGCGGAAGCAGAGACCGGCUCCACGAGAUAUUCCAGCAUAACAGACUGUUGCGAAGGCGGUUCUUUGGUUGUUCUGAUGGUAAUACUAAUCUGGCAGACGAGAAUGAAGAUGUAGAUAUAUUUGCUGAAGUUGAAGGCAAAGCCAAAGCUAAAGCCAAAGCAAAGACUCCGAGCGAGAGCAUUCAAGGCUGCACUGACGUAACUGAUACAGACAACCUGGGGGGUAUUAUGAAAACCCGAUUGGAAUUGGAUACUCAGCAGAGUAGCCACGUAACCAGCGGGUUCGGUAGCACCGAGACCCUCACCAGCCAGAGCAAUCAAUCGGUCAGCAGCAAUGGACGCAAGUCACGAGUUGAUUUUGAUAAUUCCGUGGAGUUCGUCCUUGGGUUUAAAAACAGCUCUUUGAGGGAGCCCUUUGAGGGAGCCAAUCGACCUCAUUCUGACUAUGAUAAGGUCUUCGCUGCCUAUGCUAGGGUUCAAGACUCUUCACCUUCGCCGGUUCCACCCCCAGCGCCUCUAAGGAAGAAUAAAUUUUUAAAUGACGAGUCAGUGACGAUGAGCUUGUCCCCGGACUCUUGCCUGCGCGAGCUCGAGAUGGACCUGGAGAAAUUCAACGAGGAUCUGAGGUCUCCGCAGCUGGUCAGCAGCUUCAGCAACUCAAUUAUUUCCGAUGGCUCGAGUGAUAGAGACGGUUCGGAGAUCACGGACCGCGGAAAGUCAAUUGACUCGACACCCGGAACCGGAACCACGCUUCCAUUCGUCUACGGACCCAUUCCGUACAAAUCACCGAGAAGAUAUGUCGAGGGUGAGGUGACGAUUCACUAUCGUUCUCCAGUCCGCACGGAAGCUAAGGAAAUUCUCAGUGAAGAAGAACUCGCUCGUCGGAGUGCCGAGAACAUGCGCCGCGUUUAUCAGGAGGAGAGACGACGGAAGUAUCUCCAGGAACUUCAUGACAUCGAUUCCCGUCGACACACUGAUAAUUUCAUACCAUCGCAAAAAUCCCCGAUUCCACUGAAUCGGUAUGACGAUUUUCUGGACGACCUGAGCUACCGCAGCAGAUCUCAAGAGCAAACUCCCGAGCCGCGGCUUGUCGCGCGAGCGAUGUACAAUUUUGUGGGACAGACAUCGCGUGAAUUGUCAUUCCGGCGAGGUGACAUAAUUCUCAUUCGCCGGCAAAUUGAUAAAAAUUGGUACGAAGGUGAACAUAAUGCCAUGGUCGGUCUUUUUCCUCUCAAUUACGUCGAGGUUCUUCCUUUCGAAGGAAUGAGAUCGACGCCAAAAAAACCGUACGAGGGUCAAGCUCGCGCAAGAUUCAAUUUCAUCGCCCAAACAAACUUGGAAUUAUCUUUGGUAAAAGGAGAGCUCGUUGUUCUAACAAGAAGAGUCGACGACAAUUGGUUCGAGGGGAGAAUCGGGAACCGCAAGGGCAUAUUCCCGGUUACUUAUGUCGAAAUUAUCAUGGAGCCAGGGCAACACCGACCCGAAACUCCGGUGUCUAGCAAACCCGUAGCUUCUCCAGCGGCUCACAGCAUGCUGUCCAAUGGAACUUCCAGCGGGAAAUUGAGCAUGGGACCUCAUCACUACACACCCUCGAUACCCGUGAAAACGAGUACUACCGAGCCGCAAUAUAUAUCUCUGCCACGCAUUGGUGUCACUGAACGCAACAAAUUGCACGUUGCACCUGUCAACGAAACAUUGCACAUCGACACACACUCGGAUACGCUGCCGUACCGGGCGCUGUACAAUUACCGGCCGCAGAACGAGGACGAGCUGGAGCUGAAAGAGAACGACACGGUGUUCGUGAUAGAAAAGUGCGACGACGGGUGGUUCGUUGGUUCAAGCCAAAGAACUGGGUACUUUGGCACUUUCCCGGGAAACUACGUCGAGCGGUUGUGA